AUGAGUUCUCAACUGCACUUGAAACGUCAACAAAAACAAAUUCAAGAUGCAAUCGAUAAAUACUACUCUGGAAUAUCUAAUGACAAUGCUAUGGAUAUAAAAAAGGAUACACAAUUAUUAUCUGGUCUUGUUGGAUAUCUUUCCGGAUUUCAAGAGAGUGAUUUGGCCUUUGAAACAAGAGGUGAUGUCAUUGAGAGAUUUUUCGAAAAGUAUUAUAACAGUUUUAUGAAUGGUGGUAAUUAUCCACCUGAAUUAUAUUCCGAUAAAACAAUUUGGGAUUUGUGGCUUUUAUAUGCAGAGGCUCAUACCAAUGAUCCUAUUCCACACAUUCAAACUCUACUUGAAUUUGCUCCUAAAUAUCCAAAGUUAUUUGAGGUCUGGGCCACUUGGUCGAGAAGAACAGGACGUAUUGAUGAUGAAUUAACAGCAUAUGAGGAGGCUGAAACGAGAGGUGUUGUAUCCGAAUUGUUAUCGAGCAUGAAACAAGACAGAUCCGAAUAUUUCCAACCUCCACCAUCACAACAACAAACAAUUCCUGAACCUAAGAUUAAAACCACCACCACCGUAACUAAUACUGUAAUCAAACAACCUGUUGCACAUCAAUCUGUGGAAACAUUGGUUAACAAUCCAAGACCACCUUCACCAACCCCACAAAAUUAUUUGAUUGGAUAUGACAAGAAUCUAAUCUUUACUCCAGGUGCAGAGUUUACUUUUGAGGAAUUGAGAGCAAUGCACUAUUUAAAUACCACUGAUUUAAUGAUUAAUCACAAACAAACAAUACCUAGUUCAUCAUCAAUUUCACACAACCAAUCUUUAAUUGAACAACCUAAGCAUCAUGAUUCCUCUAUUCUUAUGAAUAAGAAUUUUGAAAAACCAUCAAGCAAACCUCAACAAAAAGACGACGACUUUGAAUUUGAUUUUUCAAGUGAUAUUACCACAGUACAUGCAAGAAAAUCAAUGGCUGCAACUCCUACUUCUUACGCUCAACAUACUAUUGCCAGCUUUUUUGAGGGAACCAUUGAUACUGAAAUUGAAAACAAUUACUUUGAACAACGAAAGUUCCGUAAAGUGCAAGAACAAGAGAAAAAGAGAAAACUUGAUGAAAUUUCACAAUCAACAAAUAAUAAUUUUGCCAUACAUGAAGAUACAACAGCUGAAAUUAAGAAAUCUAGGCUGACAGCUCAACCAUCCAGUAGUACCUUUAAAAUACCAUCUCAGACAUCUUCUGGCUUUCAAAAUACAAGUCUUCAACAAGAACGUUCAUUCUCUCAAAGAAAUAGAUCCCUAAGUGCAUUCCAUCAGUUUAAUGAUACAGGAGAUGAAUCAGGUCUCUAUUUUGGAGAUGAAUCUAACAUUUCAAAAACUUUCAUUGUUGAUAGACAGCAAGAAAGUGCGAUAUCAUUGGAAGGAAUAUCAGCCCUUAUUUCAAAAUACACAAAUAAUGGAGUAAUCAAUCCGUACAUGGAAGAUAUACGAAAAGUGUAUACUAAUAUUGUUAACAUAACUAAUUGCUUUAAAGACAGUCGUAUUACUGACUGUAAAGGAGUUGAAUCUAUAGAUUUAAAAACUAUUCUGCUGGAGCUAAGUAAAAAGAAGAAAGGUAUCGACUAUAAUACUCAAACAUUAAGCUUGAAGUUGAGUACAAAGACAUACCUUGCCGAAGAAGCACUAUCUGAACAUGUGAUCAAAAUACAGGAUGUAAGAAGUAACAAUGGAAUUAAUACCAAAUCAUUUGCCUUGAAAUUUAAGCCACCAAAUGAUUUCUAUGAGUACUAUGUGAUCGAUCAGCUGUAUAGAAGAAUACCAGAGAAGGAAAAUCAUAGAUUCCCAAAUAUUCAAAGAGUUUAUGUUAUGGAUAAUGAUAUUCUAUUGAUGGAAAACCUUGUAAAUAACAUUACUCUCACACAGGCAAUAUCACAAGCAAAAAUUGAGGAAACAAUUGCUUUGUACUAUACUUUAGAACUUCUCAAUAUUUUGCAAACUCUGCAUAAUAAGGCAAACAUUACACACAAUAAUAUUUCUCCAUCUAAUUUAUUGCUUUUAAAUGAAGAUACUGAUCUAUCUGAUUGGAGUAUAGAUGGAAAGGGUUGGAGUAAUAAGGGUCUACUGCUCACCAACUUUUCCAGGUCUAUUGAUUUAGAACUAUUUCCAAACCGUGUUGUUUUCCAAAGUGAACCCAAAACAUUACCAGAAGUUUUCAAAUCAUCAAUACAAUAUCCAAACAAGUGGAAAUAUGCAUCAGAUACUUGGAGUGUUUGUAACAUCAUCCACCAAAUGCUUUUUAAGAAGGACAUGGAGGUAACAACGAACGCUCAAGACAAGUAUCUAAUUAAGGAAUCCAUAAGGAGAUUCUGGAAAUUUAGAGAUGUUUGGCAAACCAUUUUCGAUACUUUACUAAAUCUUGACCAGACAAAGAGUCCAGAUUAUUACCAAUUAAUAGAAAUGUGUCAACAGGCGUUAGGAACAAAUGGAGACACAGUUAAAGCUCUUUUCUUGAGAUUCAUUGUCUCACUUUCUACUCAAUUAAAACACUAA